AAUCUCUAUUCAAAAAUGAAUUACAAUGUAGAAGAAGUAGUGGGAUGCAGAGCUCUGUCUUUUUACAAAAUAGGAACAAAGCAAUUCCUUUUAAAAACAAACUAUAUAAAACAACCACACUCCGAAAAAGGAAAGGUAUGGAUACAAUAAGAAAGAGGUGAUUGACAUUUGAUGAGUAGAAUAUUAUUUUCUUGAGAAACCUAAAAUCUAAAAUUAACUCGAUGUAUCUAAAAUGGAGCUCUGUCAAAAUGAAAAGGGACGAAGCUUAGUGAAAGUAGAAAAAUUAAUACAAACUGUGGUUGCCCACUUCAUUUAAUACCCUCUUCUCUCUUCUCUCCUCUCUUCUCUCUUCUCUACUCUCAAAUCUCAAUCUUCACAAAACUCCUACCCCCCCCCCCCCCCCCCUCUCCUUUCUGUCUCCUCAACCGUUUUUUCCAUUUCCAUGGCCGCCGCCUGUCCCACCGACUUCACUCACGACUCCGCCUGUCGCGACGGACGCGCCGCCGCCCACCUCAAACUUAUCUCCAUCUUCCUCAUCUUCAUCACCAGCGUCAUCGGCGUCUCCUCCCCUGUUCUCCUCACUCGCUUCUUCCACGGCAAACCUCUCUACGACAAAGCUAUCCUCACCGUCAAAUCCUUCGCCGCCGGCGUUAUUCUCUCCACCUCCCUCGUCCACGUACUCCCCGACGCCUUCGACGCUCUCUCCGACUGCCGCGUCGCCUCCCAGCACCCCUGGCGCGACUUCCCCUUCUCCGGCCUCGUCACCAUGAUCGGCGCUCUCGUGGCGCUGUUCGUGGACGUCACGGCCACAUCACACGUGGAACACGACCAGUAUAAUCCGGUGGAGGUGAAGGGUGGGGAGGAUUCGGGAGGGGAGAUUGGGCUUCUGGUGGCGGGGGAGAGGAAAUCGGAGGAAACAGGGGAAGGAAUUGGGGAAGAGGAAUUGGUGAAGAUGAAACAGAAAUUGGUAUCGAAAGUAUUGGAGAUAGGGAUAAUAUUUCAUUCGGUGAUAAUUGGAGUAACGAUGGGAAUGUCUCAGAAUCAGUGUACGAUUAAACCGCUUGUUGCUGCUCUUGCUUUUCAUCAAAUCUUUGAAGGAAUGGGGCUUGGUGGAUGUAUUGCUCAGGCAGGAUUCAGCUUCACAACGACAGCGUAUAUGUGUUUGAUGUUCUCAGUGACAACGCCAAUGGGUAUAAUAUUAGGUAUGAUUCUGUUUUCAUUAACAGGUUACGACGAUAGCAACCCCAAAGCUUUGAUAAUGGAAGGUUUAUUAGGAUCAUUUUCAUCUGGGAUUCUCAUAUACAUGGCUUUAGUAGAUUUAAUAGCCCUUGAUUUUUUUCACAACAAGUUGAUGACCUCAAAUCAAUGGCUCAAAAAGAUUUGUUUUAUUGCCUUGUUGCUUGGCUCUACUUCCAUGUCCAUCUUGGCUUUGUGGGCUUGAAAAUCUUAAAAUCCCCCCUCUUUACAUAAAUUUUUGUUGUAAAGGUAAUAUCAAUAUCAACAUGCAUGGAGAUCAUCUCCCUUUUCAUUAA